UUGCUGCUGUCCGCCUGCCUGCCUACUUUCUCCACUUUUUUCUCCUCCUCCUCCUCUUCUUCUUCCUUCGUUUCGCCUCCUCUACUCUUCUAAGUUCCAACUUCCAACUAGCUCGACUCAAGUGAAGAGUCCGCCGCCUUUCCCUCCUCGCCGCCGCUCGGAUGGGGAUGGCCCCCGCCGGUCGCCUCCUCCUCAUCUCCUGCCUCCUCUGUGUGCCCAAUUCAUUUGGAUUUGCAUUUGCUGUGGAGGAGGAGGAGGACGGCAGCGGGCUGAUGCCACAGCUCUCACCCACCGGCUCUCCCAACCCCUUGGUUCCCUUCCUCGCGCCCGCCCCUCUCGCGCCAUUCUUCAACACCACCCCUCCUAACUUGUCAGGCAAGUGCUCAUUGAAUUUUACUGCUGUCGGUGACCUCAUCACCACCACUGCUGUCGACUGCUUUGCGUCCUUCGCCCCGUUCCUCGCCAAUGUCAUCUGCUGCCCCCAGCUCCAGGCCAUGCUCACCAUCCUCAUUGGGCAGUCCAGCAAGCAGACUGGCUCCCUUGCUUUGGAUCCCACCGUCGCUACCUACUGCCUCUCCGAUGUUCAGCAGCUAUUGUUGAGCCAGGGCGCUAGUGAUGAGCUCCACAACAUUUGCUCCCUUCACCUCUCCAAUGUCACCGAGGGAUCAUGCCCCGUUAGCACCGUCGAUGCCUUUGAAGCUGUCAUCGACUCCUCAAAGCUCCUCGAGGCCUGUCACAAGAUUGAUCCUGUCAACGAGUGCUGCAGCCGCACCUGCCAGAAUGCUAUCAACGAUGCCUCCCAGAAGAUCUCUUUCAAAGACGGCGGUUUGACAAGCUACGCUGGUAGCCCCAAAGUUGAUAGCUGCAGGAAUGUCGUGCUCAGAUGGCUAUCCAGUAGGCUUGGCCCAUCAUCUGCAAAGCAAAUGCUCAGGCAGAUAUCUAACUGCAAUGUCAAUGGAGUUUGUCCACUAAGCUUUCCAGACACGAGUAAAGUGGCAAAAGAGUGCAGUGGAACUGUCAAGAAUGGUACUUCAUGUUGCAAGGCUAUGGACAGUUAUGUAUCUCACUUGCAAAAGCAAAGCUUCAUAACAAAUUUGCAAGCUUUAGAUUGUGCCCAAUUCCUUGGUGACAAGUUGCAAAAGAUGAAUGUCAGUAUGAAUGUUUAUAGCUCAUGUCAGAUAACUCUCAAGGACUUUUCUCUUCAAGUUGGAUCUCAAGAAUCUGGAUGCCUUCUUCCAAGUAUGCCCUCGGAUGCAUCUUUUGACCCAGCUACUGGGAUUAGUUUCACAUGCGAUCUGAAUGAUAAUAUUGCUGCCCCAUGGCCAUCUUCUAUGCAAGCAUCGUCUUCUUCAUGCAAUAAAUCUGUUAAUAUUCCAGAGAGACCUGCUGCGACAUCGGCACAAAAUGGUGUCAACCAGAACAGACUGGAGCUUAGCCUACUUAUUUAUCUGGGCACCCUUGUUGUUGCUAUUUGGCUACAAGUCUAGUCCAGUUAGCGAAUUAUUAAUUUCAGAUUCAGGAGAGCUGAUUGGAAUUGUCAACUGCGGAGUUUUUGUGCUUGAUGAUCACAUCAAAGUGUUGUAGGUUACAUGUGCUUUUUAGUUCCUGAUAGCUGUUAGUGUAAUUUCUUGUAAGCCAUAUAAUAGUAGUAAUAAUUUAUUAUGCCUUUGUAUAGAGAGAAAGAAGGGAAAAAAAUUAAAGGGUGUGAAAUGCGCAGGACAAUUUAGCAAGACCACUGUUGUCUGAUGGGAGUACAUCAUAUUGGGAUGGACUACACUCCAUUAUUGUUUAGAAUUUAUAUUAUUCAAUUGUUCAUUUUCUGAUGUAUGAAUUAAUCA